AUGCUUGGCGGCUUGUACGGAGAUCUACCGCCACCAUCCUCCACCACGGAUGACAGCUCCACGACUACAUCGACCACCAAUGUAUGGUCGAGCAGCGUCAAGAUGGCUCCACCCACCCUACGGAAACCCUUUCCCCCACCCCAGACCAUUCUCAGGACCCAACAGCCGAAGACCAAGCCGAAUUCUACCAUUUCCAAGGGGCCAACAACUCACUCCACUUUCACCAUCUCCGACGAGUACACCAACCCCAAUCCUGCCACGGCUUCGUUUCAGCCAGCUCUAGUCGGCGUCACCAGCACCGUAAUCGAAGAAUACGACCCGGCCCGGCCCAAUGAUUAUGAAGAUUAUUGCCGGGAGCGCAAACGGAAGCAAGCGGAGGCAGAGAUGAAGAGAGAAUUAGAGGAAAGAGAGAGGAGAGAGAGGGAAAGGGAAAUGGAAGAGAGAGAAAGGAGGGAUCGAGAGCGUGACAGGGAUCGGGAAUUGAAUAUAUCUGGCGAGGAGGCAUGGCGGAGGAGGGCGGCACUGAGCGGUGGCGGUGGUGGUGGCAAUGAAGUGCCUAGAUCGCCGUCACCACCAUCAACAAAUGUGACCGCGGAAGGGUUUAGCAUUGUUAAGUCAGAGAGUGGGGGUUUAGGUGUUGGGGCGGAGGGGAGGAUGACGGCAGCACAGAGGAUGAUGGCAAAGAUGGGUUGGAAGGAAGGUCAGGGAUUGGGGAAACAGGAGCAGGGGAUCACCACUCCUUUGAUGGCCAAGAAGACUGAUAAGAGAGGCGGGGUUAUUGUGAACGCCAGUGAUUCCAACAAGAAGGUUAAGAGUGUCAAUUUCAAUGGGACUCCCACCCGCGUUGUGCUGCUCAGAAACAUGGUUGGCCCGGGUGAAGUGGAUGAUGAUUUAGAAGGUGAGGUAGCAGAGGAAUGUUCUAAAUUUGGGGCGGUGACUCGUGUCCUAAUAUUUGAGAUUACAGAACCUGGUUUCCCACACGAUGAAGCUGUAAGAAUCUUCAUUCAGUUUGACAGAGCAGAACAUGCAACUAAGGCCCUUAUUGAACUUGAAGGCCGCUUCUUUGGGGGUCGGGUUGUUCAUGCUUGUUUCUAUGAUGAGGAGAGGUUCGGCAAUAAUGAGUUGGCUCCUCUGCCAGGAGAAAUCCCUGGCUUCUUUUGA